UUAUUAAGCUCAAUGCUGAAACGGAAGAUAUUAUUCACAGUCAGAUAGAUUAUCAAAAAAGAAAAAAGAAAAGAAAAAAAAAUUGCGAUAAAGGAAAACAAAUUCCAUCAACAGUGCACCGUGGUCGUCAGUCAAGGACGCCGGCGAAGUGGGUAUUCUGCUGAGAAGAAACACAAGAUUUUUUAAGAUGAAACUGUCCUACCAAAUAGUGUCUCCUCCACCUGAUAAGGCGAGGGAUUCAUUGUCUCCCGUUGUCCUUCUGCACGGGAGGAUGGAUUCCAAAAAAACUUGGAGACAUCUGGCUCCUCAGAUAGCAGAGAAGACAGGAAGAAAGGUGUACUGCCUAGAUGCAAGGAAUCACGGUGAGAGUCCAUGGAGCAAUGUCAUGGAUUACGAUGCGCUCGUCCAGGACUUACAGGAAUUUCUGUCAGAACAGAAUCUCAACAGAAUCAUAAUCGUCGGUCACAGCAUGGGUGGGAGGACAGCCAUGUUUUUUGCGCUCAAAAAGCCGGAAAUGGUAGAGAAACUGCUGAUCGAAGAUAUGGUAGCCUCGUGCUACAGUUCUUUGGCGAAAAUAUCUGUCCUGCAGAUGCUGAACCUUCUUCGUCAAUCCUUGCAUGCCAUUCCUGAUGAUGCCGAUGAGUUGACGGCAAAAAGAGUUGUUGCUGAAUACAUCAAAUCACAAUUGCCACCAGAAGUGACAGAGAAGAGGAAAUCAUCUUUAUUCGAUUUGGACACGAUGCCCAUCAAGAGGGAGGACAACAAAUACAAAUGGCAAGCCAAUCUCGAUGUUCUGGAAGAAUUUCUGAAUUCGGACAGAAAUAAUAAGCCCAUGCACGGAAUCUAUUAUGGGGAAGCUCUUUUCUUAUACGGAACCGAAUCAUUUUUCAAUGUUCCCGAUGACCAAACCAUCAACCAUUUUUUUCCAAAAGCUGUCAAAGUACCUGUUCAAAGUGCCGGACAUUUGGUGCAUCAAGAUUGUCCUGAUGAAUUUGUGCACCAUGUGAUAAAAUUCAUUAAUAAUGGUGAUAAUAAUGCAAUAUGAACUUUCAUUUAGGAAAUCACUUGUAAAGAAUAUUUUUUUCAAUAAAAUAAUUAAUAAAUGUU